UGAAGUCGUCUCUGAUCACAUGACCAGAGUCGCUCGGGUCGCAUCAGUGCACUUUCUGCUUUAAAAGUGGGGCGAAGGUGACAGUUCAGUGAGUGAGAUUCCUAAAAUUUGGAAGUAAAGCGUUUGAUGUAAUGCCAUCCCAUCUUACCAUGGGUAGGACACCUAGCUAGAGAAGUUACGCUAACAGCUGACUAUACUGUCCCGAAGAGACGCUAACCAGAGGGUGCGUCACUAUGGCCUUCGCUACCCGGCUUUUGUUCCUCUCGCGCUCUCUGGGGUCGCGCGCGCACCAAGCACCCUGGCGACUGGUUCCGAGAUGCGGCUUGAGCGCCGAACCCGCGGCCAGGCGCUACAAAGCCGUCAUUUUCGACAUGGGGGGUGUGCUGCUGCCGUCUCCCUACCACAAGGCAACUGAAUGGGAAGAGCAGAACGGUAUUCCGAAGGGCACGAUUGGCCAGGCCAUCAGAGCGGGCGGCGAAGGAAACGCCUGGAAGAAGUUCAUGCGCGGAGAGCUGGGCGCAGAAGAGUUUGUGGACGCGUUUGGCAAGGAGUGCUCACAAAUAGCAGGCUGCCCGGUGUCGGCCAGCUCCUUCCUGCAGGCCUUGACGACGGGCCCGAUGGCCCGCCCCCUUCCCGCCAUGAUGGAGGCGGUGCAGUGCGUGCGCGCGGAGGGUCUGAAGACCGCCGUGCUCAGCAACAACUUUCGCCUGCAGGGCGGCGCCACCUACCUGCCAGUUGACCGCUCCGCCUUCGACGUGGUAGUGGAGUCGUGUGUGGAGGGCGUGUGUAAGCCGGACCCCAGGAUCUACCGUCUGUGCGCGGACCGGCUGGGGGUGUCCCCAGAGGCCGCCGUGUUCCUGGACGAUAUCGGGGGCAACCUUAAAGCUGCAGCCCAACUGGGCAUGCGCACCAUUAAAGUGGAGGACCCUGUGGAGGCUCUGAAGGAGCUGGAAGGGGUUUUGGGGUUCCCCCUGUCCGGGUUCGUACCCGGGACCCGAACUGUGAGAGCAGCAAUGCAGCUUCCUGUUGACAAGCUCACCCAGUACCUGAAAAGUGUGCUACACCUGUCUGACACAGAGCCAAUCAGAAUCCGGCAGUUCAGCCACGGCCAGUCGAACCCUACGUACCUCCUGACCUGCGGGGGGCGCCAGCCGGUGGUCCUGAGGAAGAAGCCCCCCGGAGCUCUGCUACCAUCUGCGCACGCUGUGGAGAGGGAGUUCAGGGUCCUGAAAGCUCUGGGCAGUGCAGGAGUUCCGGUUCCUGAGGUCAUCGCUCUCUGUGAAGAUCCCAGUGUGAUCGGCACGCCCUUCUACCUGAUGGAGUACCGGGCGGGACGGGUGUUCCUGGACCCCUCUCUGCCGGGACUGCCCCCAGAGGAGCGCCGGGCGGUGUACGAGGCCAUGACCACCGUCCUCUGCCAAAUCCACCGCGUCGACAUCGGGGCCCUGGGCCUGGAGGACUACGGCAAGCCAGGUGAGUACGUGGCACGGCAGGUGCACAGGUGGACCCGGCAGUACCGGGCCAGCGAGACCCGCUCCAUCCCGGCCAUGGAGAGGCUGAUCGAGUGGUUCCCACGGCACCUGCCUGACAAACAGAGAACCGCUGUGGUACACGGGGACUUCAGGCUUGAUAACCUGGUGUUCCAUACUGACCGACCGGAGGUGGUGGCUGUGCUGGACUGGGAACUCUCCACUUUGGGGGAUCCUCUGUGUGACCUGGCAACCAGCUGCCUAGCCCACUUCCUGCCUCCUGACUUCCCCAUCCUGCGAGGGAUCAGUGAUCCGGGUCUGGCCAGCCUGGGGAUCCCCUCUGCAGAGGAGGUGUUUGGGCAGUACAGCCGCGCGAUGGGCCUGGCGGGCAUCGCCAGCUGGCAGCUCUACAUGGCCUUCUCCUUUUUCAGAGUGGCGGCCAUCCUCCAGGGCGUGUACAAACGCGCCCUCACAGGCCAGGCGAGCUCCGCCAGCGCAGAGAGCGCAGGCCGGCUGGCUGAGCAGAUGGCGGACUUGGCCUGGGAUUUCGCCACCAAGGAGGGGUUCCGCGUCUUUAAGGCCAUGCCUGGGGGGCCCCAGGGGCAGGGCAGCGCCGGCCCCUCCCAGGGGCGGGGCUUCUCCACCUGGACCGGGCGUGGGCGGAGCGGCACGACGGGAGUCCGCCCCUUUUCCUCUGCCCCGCCCUCUCCGGCCCCGCCCUCGUCCCGCCCCACUCCCCCCGAGGGGGUCCUGAUCGUCUCCCCGGUGGGGCUGCCCCCCCACGUACAGCGCCUGCAUCUCCUGCUGGGGCGCUUCCUGCAGGAGCACAUCCUUCCUGUGGAGCAGCAGCUCCGGGACCACCAGACCUCCCCCCAGCGCUGGAGCCCCCACCCCCUCAUGGAGGAGCUCAAGGCGAAGGCUAAGGAGCAGGGCCUGUGGAACCUCUUCAUCCCCAUGGAAACGGACCCCGAGGGCAGGUUUGGGGCGAGCCUGACCAACCUGGAGUACGCGCACCUGUGUGAGCUCAUGGGCCAUUCGCUGUACGCCCCUGAGGUGUUUAACUGCUCUCCUCCGGACACGGGGAACAUGGAGGUUCUGAUUCGUUACGGGUCGCCACGGCAGCAGGAGGAGUGGCUCUACCCCCUGCUGGAUGGAACCAUCCGGUCCUGCUUCGCCAUGACCGAGCCCAAGGUGGCGUCUUCGGACGCAGCGAACAUCGAGGCCUCGAUCCGGCUGGAGAAGGACUCGUACGUUAUCAACGGACACAAGUGGUGGACGUCCGGAGCGCUGGACCCCCGCUGCAAGCUGUGCGUGUUCAUGGGGAAAACCGACCCCUCUGGCCCCCGCCACCGCCAGCAGUCCAUGAUCCUGGUUCCCAUGGAUACGCCCGGGGUGAGGGUGGUCCGGCCACUUACCGUCUACGGGAUGGAGGAUGCACCGGGGGGUCACGGCGAGCUGCUGUUCGAGGACGUCCGCGUGCCGUGCGGUAACAUCCUCCUGGGGCCCGGGCGCGGGUUCGAGAUUGCGCAGGGCCGGCUGGGGCCCGGACGCAUCCACCACUGCAUGCGGCUGGUGGGGCACGCCGAGAGGGCGCUGGACCUCAUGAAGGAGCGGGUGAAGUCGCGGGUGGCUUUCGGGAAGCCCCUGGCGGAGCAGGGGACGAUCCUGGCGGACGUCGCCCGUUCGCGGAUGGAGAUCGAGCAGGCCAGGCUGCUGGUGCUGAAGACCGCCCACCUCAUGGACACAGUGGGCAACAAGGUGGCUGCGCCAGAGAUCGCCAUGAUCAAAGCCGUGUGUCCGAGCAUGGCUCUGGGAGUCAUCGACCGAGCCAUUCAGGCGUUUGGGGCGGCAGGCCUGAGCAACGACUCCCCCCUGGCGGUGUUCUACAGCUGGGCCCGGGCGCUGCGGCUCGCUGACGGGCCGGACGAGGUCCACCGCGCCGCCGUGGCCAAGAUGGAGCUGCGCCGGUGACCCGGGCCCCGCCCGUUACUCUGUCACCGCGGCGACCUCCCCGUGGGGAAAUCACGUACCACUAAAACAACGCGUCAAAGGCAUGCUGUGCUUUGUGUGAUUGUAUAUAUUUUGUAAUAUAAUAUAUUUUCGCAAUGAAAAUAAACAUUGUAAGUCUGACAAUGA